UGCCCCAGGUGUCACCAAGGGGUGUCUCAUCCCAGAGAAAGUGAUAUAUAUAGAGACUCCUGAGUGCAGCAGAAGGAAACAGAGACUUGCAGGACAUCACAGAGAUGAGGUGGUUUUUGUGCCUGAUGGCUGCAGGUCUUUAUCUGUGUUUGCAAAGCAACGUGGAUGCUGAAUCAGGUUUGAGCAGAAGUGUCAUUGAAAAAGCUGUGGUUGAAGCCAAAGCAACUGUUGACUCAGCUUAUGAGUACUCCAGAAAAGAGAGCAUUGACCGGGUGAGGAGGAAUGCAGCAAAUCCCUCAGACGUCUUGCGGCUGUUGAAGCAGCCUGCUGGGCCAACACGUGAUGCUGUACGUGCUGCAGACUACAUGGAUAAUGCUGUGAAACUGAUCAAGAGGUCUCUGGAAAGACGUCAGAAACGCUCCAUCAAUGCUACAGAUCUGAUCUCUGAGGAGGAUCUGCAGUUAAUUGCUGAGCUGACAGGCUGCUCUCCCCGACAUCGUGUCCCCUCUUGCAAAACUACUCACAAUUUAGACAAGUUUCGCACUGCAAGCAGCGUUUGCAACAACAGACAGAACACUCGCUGGGGAUCUGCCAACACACCUUUUACCCGCUGGCUCCCUGCUGAGUACCAGGAUAAAAUCUCUCUGCCCAAAGGCUGGGACCCUAAGCGGAAAGUCAACAAACGUUUUCUUCCAUUGGUGAGGGAAGUGUCCAACCGUAUCCUGAGCACAGCAAAUGCUGAUGUGGAAAGUGACCCACUCUACACUCACCUGGUGACAAUCUUCGGCCAAUGGACUGACCACGACCUGACCUUCACUCCUCACUCUCCUGUGAUCCGCUCAUUCAGUAAUGGAAUCGACUGUGACAAGAGCUGUGAACGCACAGAGCCCUGCUUCCCCAUCGAGAUUCCCAAGAAGGACCCCCGCUUCAGCAAACACCCAGAAGAGUGCAUACCCUUCUUCCGCUCAGCAGCAGGUUGCGGUUCAGGAAACACAGGCUACAUCUUCGGUGCAAGCAAUGUCCGUCAGCAGAUGAACUCUCUCACAGCUUUCAUUGAUGUGGGCCAGGUGUACGGUUCAGACGAUGCCAAAGCUCGCUUCCUCCGGGACCUCACCACGGAUGAGGGCCUUUUAAGAGUCAACAAACUGUACAAUGACAGUGGCCGUGAGCUCCUGCCCUUCACCAACAUGGGUGCUAACAUGUGUGCCACACGAGCCCGCAUUACUAAUGAUGCCGAUGCUGAAGAGGUGCCCUGCUUCCUGGCUGGUGACGAACGCUCCAAUGAGAACAUUGGUCUGACCUCUCUACACACACUUUUGUUGAGGGAGCACAACCGUCUGGCACGUGCUCUGGCCAAACUCAAUCCUCACUGGGAUGGAGAGAGACUCUACCAGGAGGCUCGCAAGAUCAUGGGUGGAUACUUCCAGGUCCUCACCUUCAGAGACUACUUGCUCCACAUUGUUGGUCCGGACUUCAUUAAGAAGCAGCUGUCCACCUAUCCUGGUUAUGAUGAAAACGUAGACCCCAGCAUCUCCAAUGUGUUUGCCACAGCUGCAUACCGAUUUGCUCACCUGAUGGUUCAGCCUUUCAUGUUUCGUCUCGAUGAGAAUUACCAGGAGCACCGUGACUACCCCAGCCCCCUGCUGCACAAAGCCUUCUUUGCACCAUGGAGAGUCAUCUAUGAAGGUGGCCUGGACCCAAUCCUGAGGGGGCUGGUGGGUCGCCAGGCCAAGCUGAACACACAGGAUCACAUGAUGACUGAUGAGCUGAGGGAAAGGCUGUUUGAAUUCUCCACUGAGUUGGCACUGGAUCUGGCUGCUCUUAACUUGCAGAGAGGCAGAGACCAUGGACUCCCUGGCUACAACAAAUGGCGCAAGUUCUGUGGGCUGUCACAGCCAAAAAACCAGGAACAACUGAGAAAAGUACUGAAAAAUAACGACCUGGCCAAGAGCCUGAUUAGUCUGUACGGCAAACCUGACAACAUUGAUGUGUGGCUGGGAGGAGUGGCUGAGCCGUUUGUCCCUGGGGGAAGAGUGGGACCACUGUUUGCCUGCCUGAUUGCUACUCAGUUCCAGAGGAUCCGCCAAGGAGACCGACUUUGGUGGGAGAACGAUAGAGUCUUCACCAAGGCUCAGAGGGAGUCCCUGAGGGACACGUCACUUGCCCGCAUCAUCUGUGACAACACUGGCAUCACUGAAGUACCUGAAAGACCCUUCCAGUACAGGCCUCGAGGUUCUGGUUACACUAAAUGCAGGGACAUUCCUGCCUUUGACCUCAAUCCAUGGAGGGAGAAUAUCAAGUAGAAAUUCUCAGUGCAGCAGUCUGACUAAAGACAGCUACAGCUCAGGAUCAGGGUUAGGGUUACCUGAUGUGUGGGAGGAGCUCUUUCGUCACACUGCUGCUGACUCAGAUGACAUUCUCAAAACAUUACAGACAGAAAGCUAUGAUGUUUAAACCCUGAGUCAUUGUUUGACUUUGAAUAUUUUCUUUCUAUGUUGUGUCAAAUAUUUUUUUUUUGUUAUUCUUAUGCAAACAAAUGUGAACCGUCUGAUAAUUUCUAAAUAAUGUGAUUUACAAGAUGUGUGUUCUUACAAACAUAAAUACAUAAAAAAAAUUAGUGUUCCUAAUGAAUACCUAUGACUCAACAUCUAAUUUUCAUAUCAAUAUUUGGAAGAUCCCUGGUGUUUUCUGCACAACACUGAAACCAGGAGAAAAUACAUGCAUCAUUCAGCAUACAGGAGUCACACUGGCUUGGUGUAGACAACAUUUAAAUCAAUAAUGUGUGAUAAAAAUUAAUCUAUAUAAUAAGUACAAUAAACAUAUGUAAAAGGUC